AUGGAUCAUAGAUUAGAUGGACAAUAUAUGCUACGUGUUCAAGAUAUGCCUGUACUAGAAAUAGAAGACGAUGACACAUUUGAUGGGUACUUAGAUGUUUAUUUGCCAAAUAAAAAAGGUGAUUGCGUGUCAAUUAAAUAUAAUAGAAGAGAAACUGUUGAAAAAUUCCGUGCUAGAAUUACCUCCGUUACCGGUUUUGAUACUACAAACUACUUUCUUGUUAGUGAUAACGGAAAUAUAGAAGAUGGGCAAACAUUAGAUGAAUACUUUCCACCUGUGAAGAAUAAAAAUAUGAAAAAGAAGCAAGAUUAUAGAGAAGACUACUUUAUGAUUGACGGAAAUAGAAUUGUUGAUAGAUCUGGAAUAGUUGAUAAAGUUGAAGCAAAACAUGGAGGAAAGAAUACUACAAUAGUUCUUAUGAAAAAAGGAAAAGAAAGAGAGGAAUAUUUAAAGAAGAGAGAUCAAGUUAUUCAAGGUAGAGAAUUAAGGAUGAAAAGAGGUAUUUAUAUGGACACACCACCAACAUCUCCUCAAAAGCGAUCAAAGAUUGGUAAUUCUCAUCUUCCAGGAUUUGUUUCUACUAAGAAAUAA